CCUGUUCAAGAGUGGCUUGAGCAGCUGGUCACACCUGCCAGGUAACUUCUUAGUUCCCGAGAGAGAAACAACCGAACUCGUGCUUUUAAACAAAGUGACGGAUUGUUUCGGUGAUGUGACCGAAGUUAAAACAGGGAAUUACCAAAAAUGACUUUUAGCAGCUGGAAGAAGCUUUGCUAAGAAUCAGACUCAACAGGUAUUGACUGAAAAGAGAACAGUUUUACAAUAAUGUCUGGCCUUGGUGGUUUAACCUCAGAAUUAACUGAAGAUGUGACACAGUCACCUGAUGGUCCGAUUGCAGAGCCACCAAUAGCUGCAAAUAAAAAGCCACAAGAAAACAACAGUGUUGAGGAAACAAACAAGAUUACACAUGAAGAAGAAGAGUCAUUAAAGGAGGAGGAAGAUCAAGAAAAAGAAGAGGAGGAGGAAGAGAAAGUGACCAGCUCUGCUCUUCUGGAGCCGAGCACUUUACCAUGGCCUGGAGACAGAGACAAGAGGCCUCAGGCGGACAUUGAUGAUGGAAUCUGGUCAGAAAGAGGAGUUUCAGAGCCUGAAGAGAGGGACACGGGAAUCAGUGGAGGAAGUCAAGACCUGUCAGAGAAACAAAGUCAGGCAGAGAGUGACAAAAAGAUCAAAGCCAAGUGGAGGGAGAGCAUGCCUGAGGGAGAGAGGUGGAGGGAUGAUGAGAUCAAGGUGCAUCGGGACAAUGAAGGGGACAGCUCAGAGGCAGAUGACGAACACGAGGAGGAUGAAGCAGAAGAAGAACUGGAUUGGAUCUCAGAGAAGGCUGCUCUGGGUUUCACUCCACAAGUCACCAUUGUGCGACCGUCCAGCAGAGAACAUCCUGAGGAGAGCCUGCUCUUCAUAGAAAAGGACAUCGAGAAGGAGCUGCAAGUGGAGUCUGACUCAGCAGUGCAGGUCUAUGCAGAGUGGACGGAGCAAGAUGACAAGUACUAUCUGUGUGAACAUCUGUGCAAUGAAAAAGUGAGGCUAGCUCUUGCGACAGUGGCUGCAGGGCUCCUUUUCCCUCUCCUGGUGUGGGGAGGUUAUGAGCUCCUUCCCUUCGACUCACCUCUCGUGGAGAGCGCCCCCCUCAGAGUGGUGUACACACUACGCUGCUCCUUCUUCGCCACCAUCCCUCUCCUGCUCGGCCUGGUGGUGCAUGGCGUGGCCCGGCUACGGUACAGUGCACUGACGCCGCUCUAUGAGAGUAAAGUGGUGAACAGAGAGGUUGCCGUGCACUGGCACUACGUCAACCAGUCACUGGCCCUCUUCCUCUUCUACUUCCUGCAGCUCACCGUCAUGGCAACCUACAUCAGCCAGGAUCUGGUCAAACUGGUGCCGCUGCUCACCAUCAUCUUUGUUUUUGGCAGGCUUAUCUACUGGCUCUGCCUCUCUCUGGGCAGCAGCUUCAGAGCCCUCGGCUUCGGCUUCUCCUUCUUCCCCAUACUGGUCAUGCUGGGCGCCAACCUCUACUACGUCUGCUCGUCAGUCGGACAAGGGGCAGUUUUCGACGUUGCACCGCCCACGACGGCUCCUCCUCCCAGGCAGCGUUGGUGGGGUUGAAGGGCCGCGUCCAAAAAGUGGUGAGGAGCUAAGAAACAAAUGACUGCAAACACGUUAAACAUGACAAAACAACAGACAAAAAAACUUGUCUCGUUCUUUUGUUGUCUUUUAAAGUUGUAAUCCUUAAGAUUUCAGUCCUUCUUGAUUUGGUGACACCUGUGGUUGCUGAUGGUGACAGCAAAACACUCCUUGAUCUUUGUUGUCAGAAAUACAACAAAAGAGGAAAAGGUUUAUCUGUUUACAGGGCAGCUAAACAAACUUGUUUUUUUAAUUAAGACGUCAGUCAAUAUAAAUUGAUCAGACGAUCUGCGGACAAAAACAUGUUUCCAGGGUCUGCUUUACAGUAAAACUCACUCUGUGUUUUGCUGGUUGAAUGCUUUUAAUUUGAAGAAGCAGAAGGGAAGCAGUAACUUAAUACUUGAUCAACUAAACACUCAUUACUGAACGUAAAUACAUUAAAUGGCAAUUACAGAAAAAGCAUAAAUACUAUCGAAAAUGGGAAAAAUCUUAAGGAUUAUAACUUUUAGUAUUUGAUUGUUUCUCUGUUCACAAAGAAAUCAAAGAUGUGAAUAUGGUUGGGAGUGAAUCUGAAGCUCCAAUCAUGUUCUCUGUGUGUACAAAAUUUGAUCUCUGAUGUUGUUCCAAAUUAAAACUCCAACGGAGGUGUGACCUGAAGAAGGCCUCUUUUCACAAUGUAUGUUUACUGGAUUUGUGCCAUGUAUCUUCCAUUACAAACCUUUAAACGACCUCUAACUUCAGACAGGGAGUAACAAACACAUGAAACCUGGAAGCUGUCAGUUAAAAACACUCUAUCAAAAGAGCAGUAUAUCAAGAGUAAAUAUUUAAGGGUUUGAUUUUUUUUUUUAAUGAGGUUGAAUUAUUACAAGCAUUAAGUUGUUUUUUUAUAAAUUCUAUCAUUUUAUUUUUUUUUUGUCAUACAACCAGUACUAGUGGUUGUCUUUAAGCUUUAUAUUUAUAACUGAGACUGUUAAAUGCAUCUUUGUUUUAUUGAUCAAAGGCUUUUCUUUGUUUAUAGCAAAAUAAGUUGCUGGGCUAUUUUUGGAAAGUUUCUUGUCUUUCUGUUGAAGAAUCCUGCAUGGAUGGAUGCAUUGAGGAGUAAAUAUGAUCAAUAUUUGGGACCUGGAAUGAGUAAAAUAAAGCUUCAUUACCAAAUAUGAUACUCAACAGUUGAGCUGAUGAUUCAGACCCAAAUGACUAAGGAUGGGGGACACGUAAUAGCUUUUAAGUGGUAUUGGUCCAGCUGAGAGGGGGCACAAAAAAACAGAGGAAAUGCCACAUGAAAAAUGAAGUUAAUCAUGAUUAUAAUUUUAGUUCAAAGAACAUCAUGAUUUAUGAGCCAAGUCUGAGAAACAUCAAAUAGUCUGAGCCCAUAUUCAGACCCAGUCUCAAGUGACAACAAAUGAGGACAAACUGCACAGAAGAAGAAACGGCAAAGUCAAGGUUGACGCUGAUAAAGACAAACACCGCAAGAAACGUUGCAUC